GCCACAAUAGAGACAGAGUCUUUAAUUUGAGUUGCAUUUCUGCUUACAAAUGGACACACGGGGAGCGAAGAAAAGACUGAGUGGGAAAUGGCAUGCUGUGUACCGCUUUGCGUUGUUCACUUGUGUCCUGGACGCAGUGUGGGGACAGAUCCGCUACUCAAUCCCAGAGGAACUGGAGCACGGAGCGUUUGUUGGGAAUAUUGCAGAGGACCUGGGCCUGGAUUUGGACAAGCUCUCUGCGCGCAGAUUCCGGAUAGUCUCGGGUGCCAAGAAGCAGUAUGUGGAAGUAAAUUUGGAAAACGGAGUUUUGUUUGUGAACGAACGAAUUGAUCGAGAAGAACUGUGCGAGCAGAGUUUGUCCUGCUCUUUUCACUUGCAAGUGGUGAUAGAAAACCCUCUGGAACUGUACAGGGUCGAGGUGGAAAUCCUGGACGUGAACGAUAACUCUCCCAGUUUCCCGUGGACCGAGUUCAAUCUGGACAUAUCGGAGUCCGCCGCGCCAGGAUCCCGCUUUCCACUCGAGAGCGCACAGGACUUGGACGUUGGCUCCAACUCGCUGCGCACGUACUUGCUCAGUGUAAAUGAGCAUUUCUUUUUGGACAUUCAGACGCGCAGCGAUGGCAGCAAAUUUGCAGAAUUAGUCCUCCAAAGCCCCCUGGACAGGGAGCAGCAGAGCGCGCAUCAGAUGGUGCUGACGGCGGUGGACGGAGGCUCGCCGGAGAGAUCAGGCACUGCGCAAAUUGAUAUCACCGUCCUGGACGCGAAUGACAACGCGCCCGUGUUUGACCAGUCCUUCUACAGAGUGAGGCUCGCUGAAAACGCGCCAAAGGGCACAGUUGUUAUAAAACUCAACGCGUCCGAUCUGGAUGAGGGUCCCAAUGCGGAUAUCACCUACUCGUUCAGUGGCCACGCGCCCAUCAAAGUGCGCCAGCUUUUCAGCGUUGACGCGAACACGGGAGAAAUCAAAGUCAAAGGAGUGAUCGAUUAUGAAAAAGCCAGGAUGCAUGAAAUCUACGUCCAGGCUAAAGAUAAAGGUCCCUCGGCUGUAGCAGUUCACUGUAAAGUGCUGGUGAACGUUUUGGAUAAAAAUGACAACCUGCCAGAGGUGAUCUUGACCUCAGUAUCUACACCUGUGCAGGAGGACGCGCCCCCGGGAACAGUCAUCGCAGUCAUAAGCGUAAUGGAUAAAGACUCGGGUGAAAAUGGGAACGUGGACUGUGAGAUUCCCCACCACGUCCCGUUCCAGCUGCACUCCUCCUUUAAGAACUACUACACCUUAGUAACUAGUGACUUUCUGGACAGAGAAGCAGUCGCAGAGUACAACAUCACUCUCACCGCCAGAGAUAUGGGCUCUCCGCCUUUAUUUACUCGGAAAACUAUCUUAGUCCAAGUGUCCGAUGUGAACGAUAACGCGCCUCACUUCAAACAGCCCUCCUACACCGUGUAUUUGACAGAGAAUAACGCGCCAGGAGCAUCAAUUUGCUCGGUCACUGCGCUGGAUCCAGAUUCGGGUCAAAACGCCUACUUAUCCUAUUCCAUACUAGAGGGAGAUAUACGUGGAAUGCCGGUAUCCACUUAUGUCUCCAUAAACUCCGACAGCGGCAACAUUUACGCACUGCGCUCCUUUGACCACGAGCAGCUUAAAAACUUCCAGAUCACAGUUCAGGCUCAAGACGCAGGCUUCCCGCCUCUAAAGAGCAACGUUUCCGUUAAUAUCUUUAUUCUGGACCAAAACGACAACCCCCCAGUAAUUGUGUCCCCAGUUCCGAUAAACGGCACGGCGCCCAGCGGGUCCGUGCCCAGAUCGGUGGACGCCGGGUACCUGGUCACCAAAAUCAGCGCGUCUGACCCGGACGCGGGUCAGAACUCGCGUCUGUUCUACCAGCUGCUCCAAGCAACAGACCCGAGCUUGUUCAGCAUCGCUCUGUACACGGGCGAGAUCAGGACGAUCCGCCAGUUAGUGGAGAAAGACCCCACGAGGCACAGGCUGGUCAUUCUAGUGAAGGACAAUGGUCAGCCGCCGCUCUCGGCCACAGUUUCCAUCAUCCUGUCAGUGGUUGACAGCUUGCCAGAUUCGCAUCCUGAUUUGGGUGACCUGUCACUAAGCGCGCAUCACAGCUCCAACUUCAGCCUCUACUUAAUCGUGUCUCUGGGCGCAGUCUCCUUCACAUUUCUGGUGGCUAUCAUCGUCCUCGUCGCAGUGAGGAGGCUGAAGGGCAGAGCGCCUAAUAAAGACUCCAACUUCCCCUCAAUGGGCGGGUGCUGCCGCCGCUGCUGUGCGCGCUCGGACACAUCCACAACCACGGAGGUGUUCACAAAGUCCAACCUGAACGUGCGCAUGUCCGCGGGCGCGUCCGGCUGCGCGGAGACGAGCGGCGGCGGCGUCGUCGGCGGCGGCGCGCUCCCGCAGGUGUACUGCUACAAGAUGUGCCUGACUCCGGAGUCAUCCAAAAGUGACUUCAUGUUCCUGAAGCCGUGCAGCCCCGUGAUGUCCGUCCAACAGAACAACGCCAAGAGCACAGAUUACCUGACCUCUGGCUGGAGCGCACUGGACCGCAAUGAGCUGUCCAACAACAGAGCAGCAACCCCGAGCGAGCUUAAGUACUCAAACAAAGACUGGACGUGGAACAAGAACCAGCGCAACUCAGCAUACAAGAGGUACAGCUCGGCUAAUAUGGAGGGUACGCUUUCACGGCAGCACAAAUAUGACACAGAUGGAUUUUCCUGCUCUGUGGCGCCGCAGUACUGGACCUGGGGAAACCACAUGAACGACUGCAAGAUGUCUCUUCAAGAGGAAGCGGCGCCCAACUACUCGUGGACUCCAAAGUACACUCAGCCCCAGUCUGAAGCAGCGGACUACCAGCACAACGUGUACAUCCCCGGCACCACGUCCGGCUACAGCACGCUGAAACUGGCACCCAGAGGAGACCUGGACGUGUACAACACCUUCUCUACCUUUGGGAAAAAGAAGAGAUUCCUUUCCAACUACGAACAGUCUUUUGAGCAAGACGACGAUAUUAUAACUAAUUCUAUAUUCAAGUGAUCGCACUGGGCCGUCUGUCCUGG